CGACUACCACGUACGCGACUCGAGAAACGAUUGAAAGCUGUUGCGCGCUGCGGCGACUUGCAUUUAACGAAUUUUAACUUCCAUUAAGAUUUAAUCGCUUGUGUGAACCGAGCUGCGUUUCAAUACACACACGCGCACACCCACAUAACAAUUACAAUCGGGCAACGUCAUUUGGAUUACUAAACAACCAGUGUUUAUUGACAAAGGCGGCAAAUACUUAACAGAAAGAAACUGCUGAAAUAUUAAUCUACAGUGUGCGAAAACACACGAGAGUCUACCUAAAUUGACAUAGAGGAUCUCACUUGUGCCAGCAUGCCAGGCACCUCAUUCCCAACGAAUAACGAUAAUUUCAGCAACGGCUUCCCCAUGAUCAGCACACAGGCGGAACGUAUGCUUCAGGCCCAGAACCGACGCAAAUUCAGUUUUCCGGCCACGCUUCACUCAGCGGCGCUGCUCGAGGUGGGUCAGCGGGAAAUGACACGCAGGCGUCUGAGCAAUGUCAGCGAUGUGGUUACCCGCAAACUGUCCUAUACAAUUGGCUGGAAAGCGGCUCAAAUACCUGCCCAGGACAUAAUCACACAGGGACGCUGCUUGUGUGGACACUAUAUUAAGCGGCGUCUGCGACGUUCCGGACUCUUUAACAAGAAGCUGGGACUGCAGCGCAUUCGCAGCAUAUUGGGCAACAGCAACACCACCAUAGGCAUAGUGCGAGAUGUGUUUCCAGCGGUGCAGGUGUUAGGUGACGAACUGGAACGCAUGCAUCCACGCAUCUACAAUGGUGUCGCGAGACAGAUAUGCCGCAAUCCUGGCGGCGAGUUUCACACGCCCGAUGCUGUAAGUCUGCUGCUGGGCGCGGUGGGUCGUGAACUGUUCCGUGUUGAGAUCACGUGGAGCAAGGUCAUCUCGUUAUUUGCUAUAGCCGGUGGUCUAUCGGUGGAUUGUGUGCGCCAGGGUCAUCCCGAGUAUUUGCCAAAGCUUAUGGAGAGCGUCUCGGAAGUAAUCGAAGAUGAGCUGGUACCUUGGAUAAAUGAAAAUGGUGGAUGGAGUGGCAUCAAUACGCACGUAUUACCCACAACCAACAGUCUAAAUCCUUUGGAGUGGACAACGCUGGUCAUUGGUGUUGUAUUUGGUUUGAUUUUACUUUUUAUGUUUUUUCGCUUUAUUGUCAACACAUUGAUUCCCAAAAUAUACCAACGAUUUACGAGCUAAUUU